AAGCCUUCUAAGUUCUUGUGUGUACUUUUUAUUCUUUUUCUUCUAUUUUGUUUGUCCAGUGGCCAGUUAUUAGUAUGGUUGUGUGAAAGCAGCUUGUUUCCCAUUCCACUCUAAUUGAUUACUCUCUGAUCUGAAAGCCAGGUAUAUAUGGGAUAAAUCCCUGUCAGAAGGACCCUCCUAUCAUGGGGGCUUUCUUAGGAGGGUAGUGGUCAGGAUGCUGAGUAGCAAUUGAACAGGAGAGAAAUCCUUUGGUUUUAAUCAUGUCCUGAAUAUUCAGUCAGAUAGGAACUCAUUUGUUCUUUCUUCAUGUUUUCAUCAUGUGCUUUCUGAAACUAGUUUCUAGAGCUCUCUCAUUGUAUUAAGUCUGUUUGAAGGCCAUAUUGAAGUGUGUGCUUCUGUGUGUAUAGGAGCCCUGUGAUGGGAACAGGGUAAUUUACUAAAUCAGCACUCUAGCAUCCAUCCAAAAUGGGGGUGAAUAACCUCGUGCCAAAGACCUUGGUUCUCCCACGUUCAACCUUCCUUGCAGUGACUUUGCAAACAGUUUUAGUAGUAAUGAUGACAAUAAAGAGGCUAUUCCUUGGUUUGGUGUAGUGAUGUAAGGUCCCAGGGAUUUAAAGUCUGAUUUCUGGUGUGUUAUCUUCAGUAGAUGUUUUGUAAUAAUAACAGUCAAAGCCCUAUUUGUUGUGUGCAGGGCUGUAUCACGAAGGUGCAUUAGGUGGGGGGUGGCAAAUGGCUGCUGCACUUUCCACAAAUGAGAGUAAUUCAAAUAGAGAGGGGAGAUUAAAUCUCCUCAUUAGUCCCUCUUGAGAAAUAAAUAAGCAUGUGUGGAACCUACAGCAGGUGUUUUUGUUUUUUUCUUACUCAACAAAGCUACAAAUUGUUGGAGGAUUCACAUCUAUGAAACCACAUAGUAGUUUGUAUUCUUCUGACUCAAAGCAGAGGGAACCUGUUUGCAUUUUAACUAUGCAACAUCAGAACAUUUAUCAUUUGAAUAGCCUUGUUAUUGGUUUUGUGUUGGAAGUUGUGGAUUAUAUUCUUUAAAAUUAUGGCAAGGCUAAAUGUAGCCAAAACAUUUAUGUUAGGUUUUGAGAUCCUGAAUAGGGCCCCACCUGACCUAUUUUUAGUGAAUUACAACCUUUAAACACUGAUUACCAGAUUUGUCCCAUUUGAAUCUAAUUUUUAUAUCUAGAAUUUAUCUUAUGUUUCAGUGCAGCUAAGCCUGCUGGUAUAAUCUUACUCUAACAGUAUUUUGUGAUCUGGAUUCCUGUCAAAUAUCAUUAUAGGAGCUAGAAAACAUUGGGAGGUAAAGUGAACAAAUGACCUCAUCUCUCUUGUUUUGGACUAGAUUAAACUCAUAUUCAGAGACUGAAAAAAAAAUCCUUUCCCUUUAAGCUGUAAGGAAUGUGUAUAGUACAGUUGUGCUAUUAAUAAACUCUCUUAGGUGGUAGAAUGGAGGAUUUACUUGAAAUAUUUCAAACUAAAUGCUGCCAUGGUAAAGAUUUUACUAGAAAUAUAGAGUUGUAGUAAUAGCCUUUGUUAAUUGUUUCUGCUUGUUUAACUGGUGAAAUUAAAAUGUACAACUACUGAAGAAAAAUCUGUGGGCACAAACUCUUCCCUUCCUGUUUUCAAAUAUCUCUCAUAGGUUGUUUAUCUUAUUUCUAUAUACAAUCAUAUAGUAGACAAGAGAAUGCGACUGCUGUUCCUUUAAUAUCAGAACCGUGCACGUUACAAUAGGUGUCACUGUUUUACUUGGUCCAAUCAUGAUUGGUGACUUCAGCUAUUGGCUCCAAGCUCUGGCUGUCUGACUCCAUCUGCAGGGCUGUAAAACCUGCUCUCCUCCUAUCCAUUCAGCACACAACUUCAGCCGGUUGAACAGACUCGCACAGCUCCAGCACAUCUUGCUAACCUAAUUCAGAAAACAAGUGCUCCGGUUCCCUGCCUGUCAUCUUCGCUCAGAGUAGCAUUUUCAGGUGAUCUAGGAAACUGAGUUAUUCUUAUGAGUGAAUAAGAGACAAACAGGAAUCAUGAUGGGGAUGUAUUUAACAGACCCAGUACUGGAUAAAACUUAAAGCCAGUUUCUAUUCAACAUAGUGAAAAGGUCACCUUGCCUGGCUGAGAAAAGAAGCAAAAUAUCAGCUUGUUAGUUUCUGUUAACAUCUUAGCUCGUGCCUGCCUCUUUCCCUUGAGGUUUGCACCAAUUUGGGAUAUCUGUCUGCAAAGAAAGACACACAGUACUCAUGGUAGAUGACCAGGAAAAGAACAUGAAAUGUCUCACCUUCUUCUUGAUGCUUCCAGAGACAGUAAAGAACAGGUCCAAGAAAAGCUCAAAGAAAGCAAAUACCAGCAGCAGCAGCAACAGCGGCAAGUUGCCCCCAGUUUGUUACGAAAUAAUCACCUUGAAGACUAAAAAGAAGAAGAAGAUGGCUGCUGACAUAUUCCCUCGGAAAAAGCCAGCCACCCCGGGCAGCACCGCUGUCCAUCAGUACCACCAGCAGAACCUCAGUAACAACAAUCUUCUCCCGGCCCCCAACUGGCAGGGUCUUUAUCCUACCAUCCGGGAAAGAAAUGCGGUGAUGUUCAAUAAUGACUUGAUGGCAGAUGUACAUUUUGUGGUCGGGCCACCAGGUGGGACUCAGCGGUUGCCAGGACACAAAUAUGUUUUAGCUGUUGGAAGCUCUGUAUUCCAUGCAAUGUUUUACGGAGAACUUGCUGAGGACAAAGAUGAAAUCCGUAUACCAGAUGUCGAGCCUGCUGCUUUUCUCGCAAUGCUGAAAUAUAUCUACUGUGAUGAGAUUGACUUGGCUGCUGACACAGUGUUGGCCACUCUUUAUGCUGCCAAAAAGUAUAUCGUCCCUCACCUCGCCAGAGCCUGUGUGAAUUUCCUGGAGACCAGCCUGAGUGCCAAGAAUGCCUGUGUGCUCCUCUCCCAGAGCUGCCUGUUUGAGGAGCCAGACCUGACCCAGAGAUGCUGGGAGGUGAUCGAUGCCCAGGCCGAGUUAGCCCUCAAGUCUGAGGGAUUCUGUGAUAUUGACUUCCAGACACUAGAAAGUAUCCUCCGCAGGGAAACUCUGAAUGCCAAAGAAAUUGUGGUUUUUGAGGCAGCUCUCAACUGGGCUGAAGUAGAAUGCCAACGGCAAGACCUAGCUCUGAGCAUUGAAAAUAAGCGCAAGGUCCUUGGGAAGGCGCUUUACUUGAUCCGCAUACCUACAAUGGCCCUGGAUGAUUUUGCAAAUGGUGCUGCUCAGUCUGGAGUUUUAACUCUCAAUGAGACCAACGACAUCUUCCUCUGGUACACUGCAUCCAAAAAGCCCGAGCUGCAGUUUGUGAGUAAAGCCCGCAAGGGCCUUAUCCCCCAGCGCUGUCACCGUUUCCAGUCGUGUGCCUAUCGGAGCAACCAGUGGCGCUAUCGGGGCCGUUGUGACAGCAUCCAGUUUGCAGUUGAUAAGAGAGUGUUCAUAGCUGGUUUUGGGCUAUACGGCUCCAGCUGUGGCUCUGCAGAGUACAGCGCCAAGAUCGAACUCAAGCGGCAGGGCGUUGUCCUGGGGCAGAACUUGAGCAAGUACUUCUCGGAUGGCUCCAGCAGCACCUUCCCUGUGUGGUUUGAGUACCCAGUGCAGAUCGAGCCAGACACCUUCUACACAGCGAGCGUGAUACUGGAUGGCAAUGAACUCAGCUACUUUGGACAGGAAGGCAUGACGGAAGUUCAGUGUGGCAAAGUGACUGUCCAGUUUCAGUGUUCCUCAGACAGCACCAAUGGCACUGGGGUGCAGGGAGGGCAGAUCCCCGAACUCAUAUUCUAUGCCUAAAAGUGAUGCCCGAGGCAGUGUGAGCUCUGAGUGUACAUCUGGUUCCUACUUGCUUGAUGCUUAGCUCAUCUGCAGAUAUGUGAUCAGUGCAGAUAAUUUGUUAUGAAUGAAACUAUAGGCAGUUUCUCAUUUUUUUCAAGCUUUUAAUUAUGCACAGGCAGAAAUGCAGCAUUUAGCUUUUAACUAUAUGCUUAAAAAGAGCCAAGUUCUUAUUCAGGCUUUGUGGUUUUAGAGCCACAUCCAUAUACCUGGGGAGAACUUGUGCCCUUUUCCAGCUGCCCCAGCCACCUCGCAGUUUUGUCCCUCUCAAGAAAAUUUUUGGAUCACCUUGAAUUCCCUUUAGGGCUUUAUUUUGACAAAUAGAAAUAAAUAGUCUAAAAUAAUGACAAGAGUUAUUUUUAAACAGAACCCCUCUACCCCCCCAGAAAAAAAGUAACAGAUAAACCUCAGUGUACAAUUUUGAAAGAAACUUUGCUUUGUAAUAAGUAAUAAUUGAGAAGGUAAACAGUCAUGUUGAAUUCUUAUUUUAUUUCCUUUUAAAUAUUUUAUUUCUGGGCAUUGCUUUUUCUUAAAUCCUAAAUUCCUAAGAUUGUUAAAUAUUAAACACUGCAAAGUGUCAAUGUAAUACAGGAAAGUAGGAAAUUGGGUGUUUGUUUAGGCCAUAAAUUCUACUACAAGCAGAUUUAUAUUCUUUUAGUUUAGAAGACAAAAUAUUACAGUAUACACACAUCUCUUAGAAGGAGCUAAAUUAUAAAAUCUUUUCAACACUUCUCUUAGAAGGAGCUAAAUUAUAAAAUCUUUUCAUUAGAAAAAAGUUGUAGGCCUACUUAAGCUAAAACAGUCUAAAAAGGAAACCUAAAGAAGUCCUACAGUACAGUUAAUUGAUGGCACAGUAGAACACGGUUUGAGAAACUCAAACUCUUUUCUUCCCCACUUAGCUUCUGAUCUCCACCAUUUGCUUGUUUUCAAAAGUUGUACUGUAGAGAAUUCCUAUUCCCUUUUUCCCAUGAAAAGAGGACCAAACAAUUCUCUAGAUAAAUGGAAUAAUAAUUAGUUUUGUAGCACUACACUUUAAUGUAAAAAGAUGCUUUUAUUCACUGAUUUUCUUUUUUUAAUCUGAAAUAUACUCUACUGAUCUACUUGGACCACAUACUAUCUUAGUUAAUUAUGUCUAUUCCUAGACUGCUAGAAUCUGGCCUCUGGCCAUCUUAAAGUGCCAAUAUAUGCCUGUGGGGUUUUUAAACAUGGUCUGGAGCAAUACACUUGAUGAUACGUAGUAUUCUCUGCAUCAGCACGACAUCCAGCUCUUACUUGUCCAUGGAUAACGUCAAAGGAGGGAAAAGCUCACCCAAGAAGUCUCCUUCCGUGAUGGCUUGUGAGGUCAGUGCCCUGAUCUGGUGAUGUCCGACAUGUUCACUUCCAGCUGAAGUAUCCAUGUGUUUCCGGGCAACUCUUCUGCUCAGUGUGAUCCUGAGAUGGCUCCCCGCCACCCAGAGUGUGGCCCUUGGCCGCCUCCUUCUCCUGCUCUGCAAGCCCUAAGGCAGGCUUGCCUGGAGCCAGGGGUUAGUCCUGGGGUGGCUAUGUAUGCGUGGGUGACCUGCCCGUGCAAGUGCAUUUGCCAACUCAGGAAUUGUCUCCUCCCUGCCUGGCCACACAAGGUGGGACAGAAGCAGUCCCCCUGCUGGCCCCAGCAAGGCCCCAGUAAGUGACUGCCCUUGACUUCCUGUGCUUCUGGGUCACUUCUUCCCCUGUAGAAUGGGCUCAUUGCUUUUGGCCGGCUUCCCUGAUGGAGGAGAAUACUGGAUGAUGGAAAUGUUCUAAUCAGCCUUGCCAUUACUUAGCGUCUGUUAGCAUAGAUGACCAGAAGCUGUUAUCGUGAUUAUAUAUAGAUGAGCACUCAUAGAACAACUUUUCAAAAUUAUCUAACAAUUAUUUCUUACUAGGGAGAUGACAGUCAUUUUGGCAAAGCAUCUAUGAAAUGAAGGUACAUUUCCAAUUUUAAAAAUAAUUCUACAAAGGAUUUUGUUUUUUUAAAAGUAUGCUUAAACAUUUCAGUAACUCAUAGCUACUAUGCACAUUGGUAGACUCUCCACAUGAUUAAGAGGCACUCAUUUUUAAGCCAGAGGAGAAGAAACUUAAUUGAGCACUGAUUUCAUCAUAUCAGUUUGUUGGUGUGGGUAUGAUAACCUUAGAGUGAAGAUUUCAUUCAGUACCACUCACAUCCCGUGCUCCUGUUAGCUGCCCUCCAUGUGGAGGGAGCCAUGGGGUGAAAGCCAGGCCAUAUGAGAUGCUGUGCACUGGGUGUAGAUGAGCCUAAUUUUAUGUUAGUUACUAUUACUCCAAAAAAAGACACAUGCACUAUCUGAUGGACUGGUGCCAAGAGCUGUGAGUUAAAUUUGAAAAUUGUAUUUAGAAUAAGAAAUUGUAUUUUUUAAAUCCCAUUCUACCUUCUACAUUUUCAACAACAUGGAAGGAAGGCUAAUGUGCUUGCUUUAUUUUAUUUUAUAAUCUCCAAUUUUGUAGCUUUUAAACCUAGCAACCAUUGUUCUGACAAGGCAGGCAAGGUUAGUGUAUAAACACAACUUUAUUAAACAGAAUACUCUGUAGAUGCUUCUCCCAAUGUCUCUGGCAGUCUUUGUCAUUGUUCUUCCCAGGGAUAAAGGAUAACUAGGCUAGCAGUUCUAAUGUAACAUUCUUUAAGCAUAUCUUAAUAUAGUAUUUAAGUAAAUGAUCUAAUUUCUACAUAAUUAUUGCACUGAACUGUCUUUUUUGUUUUCUAAGGUGUUUAAAUAAGCUCAGCUAAUUCAAGACACUAGCCACAUGUGCAUCAUAGUGCUUGAAUUUAGCAGCUUACAGCAUUAUUUAUGAAGGAAAAAAAUAUAAAUAUGAAGUACCUCAUGUUGAAUGUUAUUGUACUGUAUUUUUAAUGUAACAGUGCAGAUCAUGUUAGACACAUGAAUGUGUAUAAUCAUGUUAAAUGCAAAUAAAAAUAAAACUGGUUCAUAGA